AUGUUGAAGACACCGUUUACACCGUAUAGUGAAAAAUUACUUGAAGCAGCUCAUCGUCGUAAAACUAAAACACAAUCAUCGAUCGUUAAAACAACUACGUUGCAUAUUGGUAAUCAUGCACCAGAUUUUACUCUAUACAAUACGGCUAAUGAAGAAAUGACAUUAAAGGGUUUCAUUGAAAGCUCGAAUGUCGUUCUUCUAUUCUUUCCAUUAGCAUUCAGUGGAAUCUGUACUAACGAAUUAUGCUCGAUUCGUGAUGAUAUGCAUAAAUAUGAGCAACUGAAUGCCAUUAUUCUUGGUAUCUCUGUCGAUUCAAUGUUUGCUUUGAACAAAUUCAAAGAAGAACAGCAGCUACAAUUCGAAUUAUUAUCUGAUUUUAACCGCGAUGUUGCUCGACAAUAUCACGUACUUCACGAAGAUUUUCCAUUAUUCAAUAUGAAAAACGUAACAAAGCGUGCGGCGUUUGUGAUUGACAGAAAAGGAACGAUUCGACACAUGGAAAUAUUGGACGAUCCCGGAAAAAUUCCCGAUUUUCAUGCAAUUGAAGAAGCAUUGCAUACAUGUCAUCAUGACUAG